AUGGAAAUUCAUGUACCUGCCUCCUCACACUCAAGUCUGAACAGGCAGAAGGCAGCAACAUCAUCAAGGGAGUAUUUCUUGGGAUGUAACAGCAAAUACCUAACAGUUCCUCAAAACGUGCCUUCCUUGCACAGCAGCAGGAUCAGUGGACCUUUAGAAGCACCUAGCUGUGUGGAUACCAACUGCAGUUCUAUUAUAAACAAUUACCUGGAUGGGACCGAAAGAGAGGCCAUGGACUCCAUGAGUGGCACGCACUUCAGAGAUAGCAACAGAAAGGUUGACUACGUUUUAGUCUACCACUACCGGAAACGCUUCACCCAGCACCAGCCUGGGGCUGGAUCUCUGGGACCAAUGCACAGGGCAGCCUCCAUGACCAUUGCUUCAAAUGGAGAGACCAAGAAGAGCUGUCUCAAGCUGCAGCGAGACAAUGGCCAGAAUGCCCCUCAGGAGGCUCAAGUGAUUGAGCUGGACCCACUUGACACCCUGGAGGAGGAAAAACGGCAGCAGAGGGAAGAGUAUGAAUGCAAUCUAAUGGCAGCAGGACUGGAGAUCGAGAAGGAUGUUGAGAAUAAGAGCCAAGGACUAAACUUUGUCCGUAUUCAUGCAACUUGGCAAGUACUUAGCCGAGAAGCGGAACUCCUUAAAAUAAAAAUGCCCACUAAAAAGAUGUAUAAAAUCAAAGAAGAAGGGGGAAUACUCAAAAAGUUAAGUGAAAUAUGGUGCAAAUUGUCUGAACCUCUGCAACCCCAGGUGCCACAAGAAGAUACCAAGAUGAAAAGCCUGUCUUACCCAUUUUCCAGAGAGAAAAUAUAUUUGUACAACAUCAGAGAUAAAGACACGUUUUUUGACAAUGCUACCCGCAGUCGAAUAGUACAUGAAAUUUUGAAGCGUACUUCUACAAAGACCAGAAACAGCAUGGGUAUUAGCACAUUAAUAGCAAACAACGUUUAUGAUGCAGCAUACCCACUCCAUGAUGGUGAAUAUGAAUACCAAAAUGAUGGCAUGAAUGAAAGAAAGUUGCUGUAUAGAGAAUGGGCAAGAUAUGGAGUAUUCUACAAGUUUCAGCCUAUUGACCUCAUAAGGAAGUAUUUUGGAGAAAAAAUAGGACUUUAUUUUGCAUGGCUGGGCUUAUAUACAGAAUUCCUCAUUCCAUCUUCAGUUGUUGGGAUUAUUGUAUUUCUUUACGGAUGUAUAACCAUUGAGAGCGACAUUCCUAGUAAGGAAAUGUGUGACCAGCAUAAUACCUUCACCAUGUGCCCUCUCUGUGACAAGUUCUGUGAUUACUGGAACCUCAGCUCUGCAUGUUCUACAGCUCGAGCUAGCCACUUAUUUGACAACCCUGCCACAGUCUUCUUCUCCAUCUUUAUGGCUCUCUGGGCCACUAUGUUCCUGGAGCAGUGGAAGCGUUUACAAAUGAGACUGAGUUACUUCUGGGAUCUGACUGGACUAGACGAAGAAGAAGAACAUCCCAGACCAGAGUAUGAAACCAAGCUGCUGCAGAAAAAACUGAAAAAUAAAAACAUGAAAACAGAAAACACAAAUGAAAAUGAAGAAGACAAGUUAACUUGGAAUGACCGUAUGCCUGGAUAUGCAGCAAAUUUUGGAUUGAUUUUAUUUAUGAUUACACUGACAUUUUCUGCAGUAUUUGGUGUGAUCGUAUACCGCAUUACUACAUCAGCAGCUUUGUCAUUCAGCACGAAUGAGACAACCAGGUCAAAUGUUCGAGUGACUGUGACUGCAACUGCUGUCAUCAUUAAUCUCGUUGUGAUACUUAUACUUGAUGAAAUUUAUGGAGCUGUUGCGAAAUGGCUGACAGAAAUUGAGGUACCAAAAACAGAGAAAACUUUUGAGGAGAGACUGAUUUUGAAGGCAUUCCUUUUGAAGUUUGUGAAUUCAUAUGCACCAAUUUUUUAUGUUGCCUUUUUUAAAGGAAGAUUUGUUGGCCGUCCUGGUCAUUAUGUAUAUGUGUUUGAAGGUUACCGAAUGGAAGAAUGUGCCCCAGGAGGCUGUUUGAUGGAACUCUGUAUUCAGCUGAGCAUCAUUAUGCUUGGAAAACAAUUGAUUCAAAACAAUCUGUUUGAAAUUGGAAUCCCGAAAUUAAAGAAGCUCAUCAGGAAGAUGAAGGAUGAAAGAACUGAACCAAAGAAAAUGGACACCAGCCAACCAAAGGACCCUCAGCAGUGGGAUCUUGACUACACCUUGGAACCUUUCACUGGGCUGACUCCAGAAUACAUGGAAAUGAUUAUCCAGUUUGGUUUUGUCACGCUCUUCGUUGCUUCCUUUCCUCUGGCACCACUCUUUGCUCUUCUGAACAAUAUAAUAGAAGUCCGGCUUGAUGCCAAGAAGUUUGUUACUGAACUAAGGAGGCCAGACACAGUAAGAGCAAAAGAUAUAGGGAUUUGGUAUAACAUUUUGAGUGGUAUUGGAAAGCUUUCGGUUAUCAUUAAUGCUUUUGUAAUUGCUGUCACAUCUGAUUUCAUUCCACGCCUUAUGUAUCAAUAUACAUACAGUCAAAAUGGAAGCAUGCAUGGCUUCAUCAAUCACACGCUCUCAUACUUCAAUGUCAGUCAUCUCAAGGCUGGAACACAACCAGAAAACUCUCCAUUUGCACAGAACAUUUUAUUCUGCAGGUUUAAAGAUUACAGAGAACCACCUUGGUCCCAAAAUCAGUAUGAGUUUUCUAAACAGUACUGGGCAGUCCUAUCUGCUCGCUUGGCUUUUGUUAUUCUAUUUCAGAACUUGGUGAUGUUCCUCAGUAUUUUGGUUGACUGGAUGAUUCCUGACAUCCCCAAGGACAUCAGUGAACAAAUAAAAAAGGAGAAAAGUGUGCUUGUUGACUUCUUCUUGAAGGAAGAACAUGAAAAACUGAAACUGGUUGAAAGCUUUAUCACACAUGACAAGCGCAAACACAAAAGUGGGGCCGAAGACCAAAGAAUCCGAGCUGCAAGCUUAUCUCAGUUUAAUCAGAGUCAGAAAGGCAGCAUUGCCUCAUUCAGCUCACAGCACACAGUAGUAUAACUCCAUAAGGAGAAUAACCACUGCAAUAACUUUUUACUGUGUGAUGUGAUUCUGAAAAAAGCAAGGGAGGGAGAGUCAGUUAAGGAAGAAAUUGAGCAAAAAAGGAUACUUCUUUUUCUUUCUUAGAAACUACAUAUAUAAGUGUCUCUAUUACAUUUUAUAUGUUAUCUGAGCUUCUACAUUUUCAGAGUUUACCAGUACAGGAUAUGGGCUAUGUUAGGUCUAUAUCUGGUCCCCAUGGUGAUGCAUGUUAACUGAGUAGGUCAGCAGGAAUGCUCCUCACUUACACAGUCCUUGAAUACAUUCCCUGUGGGGAAUGGGGGAUGGAAGGGGUACUUCUGCCCUGAUUCCUGUCUUUUGGCAGAUCUGAACAAUAAUGAAAUGUGCCUUCCUAACUUGUACUGCCACUUAGUGAUGUCAUGAUAGAGCAUUCAGGGCCACUGGUAAGUGCACCGAGCUUUGAGAACAGAAGGAACUGAAAAUAACUGAGGACUUCCUAUAUAUUUCCACAUAUACCAUGUUUUGCUUUGCAGGAGACUGAACGUGUGUGAUAAUAAGCAGAAGCCAUAGUGUAUGCAUCAGAAUUAAGUAAAGCUCCUAGAACUAGAAAGCUCAUUGUUAUUCAUCAUCCUGAACAAAAAAAAACCAAAACAGAACAAAACAACAACAACAACGACCACAACAACAACAACAAUAAAAACCCCACAAAACUGCAUGUUUGAUUCUUCUAUCACAUAAACUUAAUUCAGACAGUGUAUAUAUAUAUAUAUAUAUAUAUUUGUGGGCAGUACUAUAUUACUUCUCUUCUUAUAUGCAUUUUCCAAAACAAGUGUUUUAAAGCCUUCCUGAAACAAUGUAAUGAAUAUAAACUAUUGGCAGUGUGUAUAUUUGGUAUUUGUGAUUCCAAUAGAUAGGAAAGUUAUAGCAAACUGUUAUUUUUAAAUAUAAUUUUUGUCCUAUUAUGAAUACUUCUAAGUUGCCUGCAGACAGAUGAACAGUCAAGCAAAAACUUCAGAAUGUUUUAAUCUCCUUUUCUUUUUCCAGAUAGGUGGAAGUACAAGCAUUGUUUAGAAUGAGUUUUACAAGUUACAUCAUUCUUUUUCCAGUAACAAACUGGAUGCAACACAGUCAAAGUUAAGGCUCUUUGUAAAACUAUUUCUGCACACUUUCUUUCAACCCAGGAAAUACCCUCCUGCCUUUUUAAAAAUUCCUAGUCACUUUAAAAAAAUAAAUAAAUAAAUAAGAAGAAAAGAAAAAAAACAACCAUCCCAAAGUUGAAUGUAUUAGGCACAGAAUUUCCCUAACAAGGAACUGAAGUGCUUUCUGUGAUAAUGUGUUUCUAGAUUUCCUAGCAAAAGGAACUAGAGAAGCAGGCAGAUGUACCCUGAUGCUCUGAAAUUUCUCCUGAGAUUUAUAUAUCUCACGCAAACAAGGCUGGGAAAGAGGCACUGCAGCAAACACAGCUGAUGUCCAGAUUUGGACCUACUACAAUAUCACAAGCAGGACAUACAGCUCAGUUAUCUUUACCUGUGAUAUGCUUUCUAUGUUCCUAUUAACUUGAGAGUUUCUUUCACUGAAAAUUCCUGCACAUUUGCUGCUUGACCUCAGUCCCUGAGGACUACAUUCAUUGUUACACUUCUGUGGUAGCCUCUGGAUUCUUCUGAUACUAAUUUCCAUCAGCUCCUGUAAUUGUAGAUCACUGAUUGAUCCUUUAUUCAUUCCCAGUUUCUAACUUUUCUUCUUUGGACAAAGAAAGACUUAAUCUGAUCCCUUUUCUUUAGUAUACUUGUAAGUCCAGACACAAAGCAUCCCCUUACUCUACACAUAUUUCAGAAGCAGACAAUCACUACUUCAAGAGACAUGCAUGGAAAGCUCUCUCUAGGGAAGAAGAGAGCAGGGAUGCAAGUAGAAAUGCAAAGCAGUAACAAAACCUCCAAGUUUUGUGAUUCCCUGCAAUGAAAAUGAGUUAAAUCUCUGUAAAAGAAAGGAGAAAAGGUAGUAGAGAAGAAAUUUGUGCAGAUAUCUCUAAACAUUUUGUUCAGAUUUUGAUAGAUCCGUCCAAUAGUUCCAACUCUAAUGUAAGGAAAAAAAAAAAC